ACACAAGGCCGCGUUUUCUAUUUCUCCUUGGUCUCGCUAGGCAGCAACUUAGCGUUUCUCUCUUCAAACACACAAACACACAACCACGCCGCCACUGUUGCACUUCGCAGAAUCUCGCAACUUGCUACCAUGGACGUAACCGCUUCCAGCUUCUCGCGGCAUCUGCUCCGCCUGUUGGACGACAUCUCCAAAGCCGAGUUCGUCGCCUUUGACCUCGAACUUUCUGGCAUUCCUUCCCACUUGCCCAAAAAGACCCCCACGAAGCUAAAUGGCUCACGGAAGACUCUCGAGGAUAGAUAUGCCGAAACAAAAAAAGCAGCAGACCGUUAUCAAAUCCUGCAGGUCGGCCUCACUUGCGGCAGUUAUGAUAUGCUCCUUGGCAAAUACGUCGUGCGACCUUAUAAUGUCACCCUCAGUCCACUCCUCAAGGAACGUCUCGAUAUUGAGCGCGAGAUCCACAUUCAAAGCGGGGCUGCCUCUUUUCUUCUGGAAAAUGGCUUCGAUUUGGGCGCCCCAUUUGCAAAAGGCGUGCAAUAUCUUUCUCGGGAAGAGGCGGAAUGGGCUAAGCAAGCGGCUUUUGAUCGGCAUGAUGGGAAAACCGUGAUCGAAGAUGUACAACUCAAGCCCGAGGAAGUGGAUUCCAUUGACUUUGUCCGGCGCGCACGUGAAGCCAUCACCAAUUGGGUCAAAAACCCCGGUCAGAUCAGGAUCUUACACAUAACAUCACACACCGGACUUCCCUCGCCGCCUCAGGAACAGUCCAUCUUGCGCUUUGAGAAGCGUCUGGUACAUCAACUCGUUCGCGCUGACUUCCCCCAGCUCGUGACCAUAGGAAACAAAGAUUUUAGUGUCAGGGUCGUACGUUACAACGCCGCCCGUGAGGAAGAAAAUACCAGGAGGAUGAAGAACAGGACCAUGGAAUCCAUCUCUCGGCAGACUGGCUUCCGAUGGGUCUUCGAGGCUCUUGCAAAGGGCGACAUAUCGGCGACGAAACCCUCGCGCACUGGUAUCAUCGCUGACGGUCAAGCAGAUGACGACGACAAGAUCACUUGGGAUCUUGCACACGCCAAGCUACAAUAUCAUCAACCCGUGCUAGUAGGCCACAACAUGUUCACAGAUCUGGUCUACUUCUAUCGUUCAUUUGUUGGCGAACUUCCUGAGACACUGGAUAGCUUCUGCGAAGCGGUACAUAAGGUUUUCCCCCGUAUCAUCGACACUAAAUGGCUAGCCACAUACGCCGGAGGCGAUUUAAAUGAUUCGCCAUCGCUACAAAAAAUUGCGGAGUCGAUGGAGAACCAGGAGCUACCUUCGAUUGCGACACACCACGAACACUCGCAGUACCACGACACCAAAGCCUUCCACGAAGCUGGAUUUGAUAGCCUACUAACCGCUACAAUCAUGCUGCAGAUAUCAGCCAAGUUGCAUCAUGAACAACAAGUGAAAGCAGCUGGUGAUGCUAACUCUGAUGACAGUUUCAAGUCCGCAGUCGCGAGCGAGGAUGCCUUUAUACUCGACGGACAGGAAAAGGUUUCAGAACCUGUCUCUAUUCCGCCUCUUUCCGCUCCAUCUGCUCCGUCAGAAGACGGGUUCACCACCGUAUCGAAGAAGGAAGGCCGCGAGGGCAAAGCCAAAGCCAAGCAAGCCACUGUUACUCGGGAAUUCCCAACUUACAACCGAUUCAACAGUCUCGACGCAACUGGCGGACCCACUAGCAAUGUGGCGCCGAUGUGGCAGGAUGAGACCGACGAACCCGACUGCAAGCCCAUGGAAAUGAUUCCCUCAUUCCACACUUCUUUCUGGACCGAAUUCGGCAAUACUCUGCGUGUGUUUGGAACGGAUGAGAAGGUAUUGAAGAUCGCAGAUUGGCCGGAGAAAUGA